AUGAAAGUUUUGCAUGGAUACAUAAUGUCUGUUCCUAGAGGCUGUGUCAAGGCUCAUACUGACGUUGAUGAUAGUGAAUCUGAAGCCAAUGCAUGUGCCAAUUACUCUCUCCAUUUGACCCAUGCUAUUGAAGUGCAGCCACCCUUUGAAAGAUGGGAAGGAUUUGCACACAUUGUUCUUCACUGUUGGUUAGAGAAUGAGCAACCUGGAAGGAGCUCUGGAUCUGUCAAGUCCGAGGUGGAAGAACAAGCUCCAUUGUUGGCCCUCCUGCUGCACGUGGCCAUCAGGCUGCUCUCCGAUAGUGAUCAUACUCUCAGGAUGGUGUGCAUGGUCGCAGAAAAUCUUCCAUCAUCCAACAACUCCUGUGUGACAGCUGUCUCCAACUCUAUCAGAAGCAGCCAUGGGUCUCCAACUGUCUCCAACUCUAUCAGAAGCAUCCAGCAACUUCAUGAUAUACUCAGCAAGAUCGACAAGAAAUGCAACUUCGAUGAGGCGCUGAGGUCGAUCAAGCUCACGUGA